AUGGUUACAGAUUCCAAACCCAUCCCCCACCACCGUGGCCUCAUCGUCGGCAACUACUGCCACGACAUCCUCCUCCACAACAACCUCGUAAUCGCCGAAACUCUCGGCGGCGCCGCUUCCUUUAUCUCCACCGUCCUCGACGCCCUCUCUCUCCCCUUCCACCUCGUCUCCAAAGUCGGCACAGACUUCUCCCACGCCGCCCUCACAACAACCCACCCACCUCUCGUCGUUCCCUCCUCCCAAACCACCCUCUUCCACGCCCACUUCGGAUCAAAUCACCCAGACCGGAUUCUAAACCGGGUCACAUCGUGUAGCCCGAUAACCCCAUCCGACCUUCCAACCGGGUCGCGGUUCCAAUUCGGAAUGGCGGUUGGAGUUGGCGGGGAGAUUCUCCCUGAAACAUUGGAAAAAUUGUUGGAUAUUUGUGAUACGGUGUUCGUCGAUAUUCAGGGUUUGAUUCGGAGAUUCGAAGAUGAUGAUGGCCGCGUGAGGCAUGUGGGGUUAAAGGAAAGUGGAUUCUUUCACCUUUUACCGAGGGUUUCGUUUUUGAAAGCUUCUGAAGAUGAGGCUUCGUGUAUUGAUUUGGAGGAAGUGAGGAAAUGGUGUUGCGUGGUUGUCACGCACGGGAAGGAUGGGUGUGAGGUGUUUUGUAGAGAUGUGCGUUUUAGGGUUGAUCCGUUUGAGGCGUGUCAGGUUGAUCCUACUGGUGCUGGAGACUGUUUUCUUGGUGGUUUUGCUGCUGGGAUUGUGCAGGGGAUGGGUGUUUUUGAUGCUGCUUUGUUGGGCAACUUUUUUGGUUCUUUGGGUGUGGCGCAAGUUGGACCGCCCGAGCUUGAUUUCACAUUGGUUCAGAUGGUUAAGGAAGAGAUGCACAAAAGGAAGGUGCAUGACUCUCCUGACUCCGAAAAAACAGACGACUGGCUUGUGUUCCGGAAGCCACGAGAUCAAAAUCAAUUCUAUACAUCUCUUGUUACUGCCAAAAACAUAAUUAUGUGUCACAUUCAAGAAAAUGGGCGGAAUCUGCUCAGCUCUACGAAAGGGAUCGAGCAAAGUAAUGGGAAGACAAGAGUGGUAAUAAAUUCUGUCAAACAUGAACCAAUUUCAAGUGUUGACAGUGAAUAA